AUCGCUGACAGGUAAAACAUUAAGUUCGGCGGAGUUUAGGACCCUGCGUCGCUGCAACGGGUCGCCUGCAGUCACUGCGCCAGGAAUCAAACACUCCAAAAUAAUCUAUCGCUGCAAAUCCAUUGACUGCAAGAAGAGCCGCAGACAAACCCACCGUCUAGUUUCCCUCGCAGUCACCCCACGCUUUGUUUCAGUUCAGAUGAUUAAUUCGUGUUCGUGCGUCUUGUCUAGCGCACGCUGAGGUCAGUAAGUCCCAUAUGAUGCACAUGCGAACAAUCUGAAACACGAUUAUUUCUCACCGCGAUCAUUUAAAGCUGCAGAGAUGUCAGUCGCGUCUGUCCAGUGCCUGAUGUUUGGUUCAGUUCUCCUGGUUCUGGUGUGUGCCAAGGUUCUGAGCGCUGGUCCAGGUCUGGAGGUUCACGUAGGCUUUAAGGAACACGAUGAGGUCUCGAGGGAUCGCAGGCUUGGCUUCAUAGAGAGUUCACAGGAGAGCUCUGGGUUCUUCAGCGAAGACAGCGAGGAAGGCAAGAACGCUCAAAUCGAGACCAAAGACAGCGGUGUUGACCUAAGUGCCAUUAAUGAGCGCUGUCUGAUGCCCAAGAAGGCGGGACCUUGUCGUGGGGCGAUCCCUCGCUGGCACUUUAACCCCGUCACUAAAAAGUGUGAAAACUUCAUAUUUGGGGGCUGCAGAGAAAAUCACAAUAACUUCCUGUCACUGGAGGAGUGUGCCAAAGCUUGCCACACACUCUCUGAUUACAACCCUUCGUCCCCAGAACCACCAUCUUCACCACUUUCUCUGAGCCAAAAGCCCAUUGUGACGAACCUCUCUUCCUCAUUGUUUGUCCCUACGACUGAGUCUGUGGAUCUGGAGCGGUGGGAGCGUGAUUCAGAAUCGAGUGGCUUCUCACCCCACACCUCCCCGGGGCCGUCAAUCACCAGUGCUGAAAGCCACGCCCACUCCCCUGCCACGCCCCCUCUCCUUAGAGUCACACGUCAGAACCAGACAGAGGCCACAGCUGGGCCUGACAGGAGUCAGAUGUCCGAUGACCUGUUUGAUGAUGAGAGGAGCCAUGAGGUAACACAAGCACCCACGGCUCCUGAAAUUGGCCCCCUUCCCAGCCGGGAGCCCCUGCAGCCUGACAAACCACACCAGGAUGAUUCUGAGGAAGAGGAGGAUGAAGAAGAGUUGGUGGUUUUCCCCACCGCACUGGAUGAGGAGGAAGAGAAUGAAUGGCGGUACCUCACGCCGCUAACAACCGCACCCUCAUCCUCCCCAACUUCAGACCUGUCACCCGUGGUCUUCACCAAAACCGCCUGGCAGGGGGCGCUGCUCACCACAAUGGCGGAUGAGGAGGGGGCGGAGCUUCGUCACGGCGGCACCGAAUAUCUCGCCGAAACGGAGCUUCACGACUCCGAGCUAUCCCAGGAGGCCGAGCAGGUGAUUUGCGUCGACUGGAGCAACCUCGCAGGAAAGGGCUACGUUAUACUCAACAUGACAGACAACUUUGACUGUGAUGAGUUUCGUAUGGAGAGCGGCGACAGACUCCUGGAGAUGCUGGAAAACACUUUCUCCAGAAAGAUGAACAUCCCACAAGGCUCCUGGCUUAUUUUCCUCAGCAAACCCACACAACAGGACCACCAGCUCCUGAUGGCUUUAGCCAGCGAGCAGGAAAUCAUCCCUCCAAAAGAUGUUGUGUCAAUGCUGGGGGAAAUCAGAAGAGGUCUAUAUGAGAUCGGAAUUCAGAAUUAUUCGACCGUGAGCACGUGCCACUCGAGGCCCAGUCAGUCACGUGGCCACUUCGGAAAUCUGUUUGUGGUGCUAGUAAUCAUCGGAUCGGUUUGUGUGCUCAUUAUUGCUUCUGGAAUCAUCUAUAUCUGCUGGCAGCGACGUUUACCCAAACUCAAAAACAUGUCGAGAGGCGAGGAACUUAACUUUGUGGAGAACGGUUGCCAUGACAACCCCACACUGGACGUUACCAGCGACAGCCAAUCAGAGACGCAGGAGAAGAAGCACAGCGCCAAUGGGGUGGCGGCGGGCGGAGACGCGGGAAGCGGAUGGCGGGUGCUCGUCAAUAAACCCGGGAAAGACGAGGAAGACGAUCAGGAGGAAGACACGCACCUUUAAUCGCGGGAAUACUGUCAGAGAAAACGGCGCGGGAAAGCAUCACAUUACAGACUGUGAAGGCACAAAACAUUUUUAAGCUUUUUCAAAACAUCUGCUCUAUAAAAUGUGAUGUAUUUUAGCUUCUUUGACGUUUUUCUUUAUCUGUAUUAAUAAAUUCAGACGGACUAAAAAGUGCAUUAAAAUGAUAUGAUAUGAUAUGAGACCAUUUUCAGUGCAGAAUUUAUUUAAAUCGAAUGUGUCAAACAAUCAGAGGCAAUUUAAAAUUAAUUAUAAUUUUCUUAUGCAAUCGUUUCUUGCACUGUUGAAGCAAUAGUUUAAUCCUAAACAUGUCGUUUAACUCGCUCUCAUCAUUCCAAAUUUAUACAAAAAUUGACUUUUUUGGUUUUACUUUUUUGAGAAUUUUGAAGGAUCUUCAUAACAUUUUGUUUCCAUACAAAACAGUCCAUAGUGACCACUAAUAAUAAUAAUAAUAAUAGUGGAUUAUUUUAUUUUUAUUAUUUUUUACCAAUGGUAGCAACCUAACGCCAUAUAAAAAAUCUGCAUAAAGCAAUAUUAAAUGUGUUCUGAGUUUGCACACCACAGAAAGAUUAUUAACCACCAGCCAAAUUUGAAUGUGAACAAAAAGGUACAUAAAGGUAAUCCAAAUCUUGAAAAAAUAAGCCUUUACACAGACUUUAAAAUGCGUUUUAUGAAAUUGUCCAUAAAGAUUUUCAAAUCUUUUUUCAUGGAAAAGUGGCAUACACGUUUAAAACAGCUUUAAGGCAGUUAAAUUAUUAUUAUUAUUAUUAUUUUCUUUUGGGUGAAUUGCGGAAAAAAAACACUAGUGUACUUGAAGACAGAUUGAACCAAGGUUAUUUUCUAGAUGUACAGUAGACAGUGUAUCUCUAAUACACUAUAAUCAGUCAUUCUCGUUUUAUAUGUAUUUCAAUGCAAGUAUUUACAGUUAAGCAGGCUGCAUAUUGUGUUUUCAUGCUGGAUGCUGGAUGGUCGCCUAGCCUUGCUUAUUUAUUUGGCUGCUCUGCACUAGAUUAAUGUUGCUAUUUAUUUAUUAUAUUUUUUAUAUUGCACCUUUAACAUUGCUCAGCACCAACAGCCUCCAAAGCAGAACAAGAUUCUUCCUACAAAAGAAUCUUUCAUAUUGAAAAGUGUUGAAUUGUGCUAGGUAACGUUUUCUUUUAUAUUUUUCAGUGUUCAUUGAAAUCGUUCAAUUUUUUAAACGUAAACGGUUAUCACAAUAAAAAAAAAAAAGUUAUCAUUGUGAUAAUCUUGUUCAUGGUACACCUAUGUGUCAAAGAACAAUCUUAUUUGUUGCAACAGAAAGGCUUUUCUUUAUUCAUUUUAAGUGCAUGAAGAAAUGUAUUGUCUAUGCACACGUCAGGGGUCAACUGAUUGUACACUAUUUAGCAAACGUGAACCGUUGAUGUUUUACGGAUUUAAAUGGUUAGUACUCCAGAAAGUUUUAUACAUGCAUUCUGUUUGUUUAUUAAGCCUUGACGACGUAGGAGAGUUUGACGCCAGUGUUGAACGCUUGUUUUGUAUCUUUCUGUCCUGGUACAAGAGCUAUUAGCAAAUUUGCACUUUUUCCAUUUUGAUUUUGUACUUCAAACUGCUUUAUGUAUCUGUUGUAAGGAGGUUUAGAUCUCGUAAUUUUCUGGUAAUUAUAUGUUAUCCCACCUCUUAAAAAUGCAAAAAAAAAAAAAAAUUUAAAAAUAAAAUAAAUGUUUUGAG